AACUCGAAGAAAAAUUUUUUAAUGAUCUUGAGGAAAAUGACCCAAUAAAGAAUUUGGUUAUGGCGAUUCAUUCGGUUGAUUGUUAUCAACUAGUAGGUUUGCAAUCCGAAUGGAUAGAAAAGAAAUCAAAUUCGGUUCAAGAAUAUCAAACCGAAAUUCUAAAAAUGAAACAUCCUUCAAUUACCAAUGAAAACAUUCAAAAUGUUUUAGAAAAUGCUACAUUUUAUUUUCUAGAUGAUUAUAACCUUCAAGAUAAUUUAGUUAAUAUUGAAAAUUAA